CCUGCGGUUUGCGUGUCUGAUCUGAAGAGGUUGUUUUUUUCGGAUUACAAAGUCAGUUGUCGGAAUUUAGAAACACAUAUUUAAACAAAUUUGCCUAAACAUAGACACGUCUCAAAAUUGUGUUUCUCUGACAUUAAUAAUGUGUGCAUGUAAAAGUUUUAAAACUAACUAGCUUUUGAUUCCUGAAUGUUGUCUUGUUUUUCCUCUCUUGACAGGUCUCGCAUAUUACUUGCUACUCGUAGUUCUGUGCAACACUCGUACAGUAGGAUUAUGCUGUGUUUCUUUGUACUUUUUCUUUUUCGAGCAACGAAUGAUCAGCCUUUUCAUUUGAGUCACCAUGCAGGUUGCAGUAAGCGCUCCAGGGCGUUUGAUAAAGUCCUCACUUAGAGGACUGUUGGAUUUCAGGGUUCAUAAAAAAAUACGAAGAAAACAAAGUGACAGCGAUGGCUUUUUUGUCAGACACCGCUGGAUGAAAAAUGCACCAUCAGUCAGCGUGUUCUGCUGUAGACAAUACAGUUCUCGAGAAAAGGUAAACAUUGACAUGUCUAUAUUCCCUGUGGACAAAAUUCGAAAUUUUAGUAUCAUAGCACAUGUUGAUCAUGGCAAAAGUACCCUUGCCGACAGACUACUGGAAAUAACAGGGGCAAUUGCCACAACAGAACGUAAUAAACAAGUCCUCGAUAAGCUGCAAGUGGAGCGAGAAAGAGGAAUCACGGUGAAAGCACAGACUGCAUCUCUGUUUUAUACACAUGAAGGGCAGACCUACUUACUAAACCUCAUUGACACACCUGGUCAUGUUGAUUUUAGUUAUGAGGUCGCCAGGUCUAUUUCAGCUUGUCAAGGUGUACUUCUGGUGGUUGAUGCAAAUGAGGGCAUUCAGGCACAAACGGUGGCAAACUUUUUCCUGGCUUUUGAAGCCCAGUUAACCAUUAUUCCAGUCAUUAACAAGAUUGACUUGAGAAAUGCAGACCCAGAGAGGGUUGAAAAACAGAUUGAAAAAAUAUUUGAUAUUCCUAAAGAAGACUGUAUAAAGAUUUCUGCUAAAUUAGGAACCAAUGUUAAUCAAGUUCUUCAAGAAGUUGUGAAGAGAAUCCCACCGCCAAAUGCAAAUCCAGAAGAUCCGCUGAAGGCACUAGUAUUUGAUUCCACGUUUGACCACUAUAGAGGUGUCAUCGCCAAUGUAGCACUGUUUGGAGGGAAUAUUUGUAAAGGAGACAAGAUUGUAUCUGCACACAUGGGCAAAACUUAUGAAGUGAAUGAGGUGGGAGUCCUCAGACCUCAAGAACAUCCGACAGAUAAGUUGUAUGCUGGGCAGGUGGGCUAUGUGAUUGCUGGGAUGAAGGAAGUCAAGGAGGCUCAGAUUGGAGACACGUUUUAUUUGCAGAAGCAACCAGUGGAACCUCUGCCAGGAUUCAAACCUGCCAAACCAAUGGUUUUUGCUGGUAUAUAUCCUGUGGACCAGUCAGAGUACAACAACCUGCGGAGUGCUGUUGAGAAGCUAACCCUAAAUGACUCUAGUGUGACUGUGCACAGGGACAGCAGUCCGGCCUUAGGAGCUGGCUGGAGGUUGGGAUUUCUGGGUCUUCUCCAUAUGGAAGUGUUUAACCAGCGUCUGGAGCAAGAGUACAAUGCCUCUGUUAUUGUAACUGCCCCAACUGUACCAUAUAAGGCUCUUCUUGCAUCAGCAAAACUCAUAAAGGAGUACGGUGAAGAGGAGGUUACCUUUGUCAAUCCGACUCAGUUUCCUGAUAGAUCUCAAGUGUUGGAGUACUUGGAGCCUAUGGUUGUUGGCACCAUAAUUACACCAGACGAAUUUAUUGGAAAGAUUAUGACAAUGUGUCUUAGUCGUCGUGCUGUGCAGAAGAAUAUGCUUUACAUCGAUGAUCACAGAGUUAUGAUGAAAUACCUCUUUCCCCUCAAUGAAAUUGUAGUGGACUUCUAUGACCACCUAAAGUCUCUGUCUUCUGGAUAUGCCAGUUUUGACUAUGAAGAUGCUGGAUACCAGCCUGCAGACCUUGUUAAAUUGGACAUUUUGUUAAAUGGGAAGCCAGUGGAGGAGCUUACAACUAUUGCACACAAAGAAAAGGCUUACGCUGUUGGAAAAGCAAUGUGUGAACGGCUGAAGGACUCCAUACCGAGACAACUGUUCGAAAUAGCCAUUCAGGCAGCACUUGGCAACAAAGUCAUUGCAAGAGAGACCAUCAAAGCUUACAGGAAGAAUGUACUAGCAAAAUGUUAUGGUGGUGAUAUAACACGCAAAAUGAAACUCCUUAAGAAGCAAGCAGAGGGCAAAAAGAAAAUGAGAAGAAUUGGCAACAUAGAAGUUCCAAAAGAUGCAUUUAUAAAUGUGUUAAAAAGAAAUGAUAAAUAGAAAGACAUUUAAAAAAAAUCUGUGCAUUGUGUCUCUCAUGAUGUCUUACGACAUGAAAGAGAAUACCAGAAUACAAAACGAAUAAACCUUGGAAGAAACUAUUUUGUUUACUCAGGUGUGUAGGUCAGAGAGAACGAUGCAUUGCUCAAUGACAAAUUUAAUGCAAGGAAUAGGCCAGGUAUUAAAAGCAACUUCUUCGAAUUGUGUUCAGAAAGAAAAUAAAAUUAAGUAGUCUUAAUUUAUCAGACCCAAUGUUUUAAUAGCCCUAAUUUAAAGUAAAUUAACAAUUUAAAUUAUAACAGAUACUAUAACAGCACUCAUUUCACAUGAAUAUAGUACCAAUACAGUUUCUGUAAAAAUAGAAAUGGAAUGGGCCACACAUGCCCAGGUGUCAUCAAGACACUGCAGACAUUGCAUCAUGCAUGAGAUGGUUUUGACAGCGAGUUCAGAGAUUUGUGAAAUAUGAGUGGAAAUGUUUUGUGGAACUGGGUGAAGCCUAAUUUUCAAGCAAUUACAACGUGAAUCUCCCAUGUGACAAUUCACAAAAACCUAUGUUUUUUUUUUUUUUUUAAAGAAAGAAAACAAACACGUGUUUAUUUCUGUUAACUAAUCUUUUUAAUAAAGUAUAAGGAGAUACAGGUACCAACAUGCACCAGAAACUUGUAAUUGAUGUAUUUAAACAAAAGGCAUUAAAGUCAGAUUUUGGCACCACAUUUAGUAACACACAUGAUAUAUGAUGAAGACACAGAACAAUAAUAAUUAUUAGCUAAAUAUUAGUAUGAGAUCAAAGUUUUGAACAUGUUUAAUGCAUUUUUACAGUACAGUUCCACAGUAAGCAAACAAAAAAAAAAGGCAGCAGCGAAUGCAUAUUUAAACCCUAAACGCAUAAGUUGUAAAUAAUUUUUAAUGCAUACUCUAUAAAAUAUGCUUAAAGAAAGAUGGAGUGUGCGUAGAGUAAGAAACAUUACACUCACGGUUUGGAAAGUUGAAUACAGUAACAGUCUGCUAACUGUGUAACAGUUCCUUUAUUGAAAGCGCAAAAGUGUUAAUGCUACCAGUUCUAUAGGCGUCAAUGAACUACUUGGAUGUUCUAUACUGACACAUUCUGUUAAUUGUGGCCCAUAUUAAAAUAGGUCAUUGAAAACUAAUGGUAGCUGGUUUUGUGUUUUAUAAAUAAACUGAUUUGCACAGAAGUAACAGCUUCUACAAAACAGAAAAUACUGCAGUUAAACAGUCAUAGAUAGAUAGAUAGUAUGUUCUAAAUGAAGACAAAAGGUUUACGGUUUGACAUUACAACUGAAGCUGUAAUCUUAAAAAAAAAAAAAAAGAAAAAACCCAAAGGAGUGUUUUAUACUGGAUAGAGUACUAGACCUGUAAAACUGACAUCUCUGCAUAGUACUUGGAGCAAGUAGCUGGGUUCCGAAAAAUAUGGCAUUACAAAUCCACAUUUGUUACUACAACUGUUUAAAUAACGUAUCUUUUUUUUUUCUUUUCGUUGUUAACAUCCUGACCACUUUUUACACUCA